AUGCACUAUGCUGUGCCCCCCUUUGGUAUGGGGUAUGGGGAUGGAUACAGCCCCUCUGCCCGUCGAGUCGCGAGUCGUGCAGUCUCCACCUCCCUACCCCUCCUCUCUUUCGAAUCCCUCCCUGCCUUCACCCACCCACCCUUGCCAUCAGUUCAGACAAAGCCACUCUUCAAUCAAUUAAUCCGUCUCGUGUGGAUCAGGAAGGAAAAGAAGUAUCAGUUUACAUCCAGAAGCCUUCCAACUGUCCCUGUGAGAAUGGACGCUACAACAAUCUACAAGGCUACUUAUUCAGGAGUCCCGGUUUUGGAGAUGCCUUGUGAGGGUAUAGCAGUAAUGAGAAGGCGCAGUGACUCAUGGCUAAACGCCACUCAAAUUCUCAAAGUCGCUGGGUUCGACAAGCCUCAAAGGACACGAGUUUUGGAGCGUGAAAUACAGAAAGGCACGCACGAAAAGAUUCAGGGUGGCUAUGGGAAAUAUCAAGGCACUUGGGUUCCACUGGAUAGGGGCAUUGAUCUCGCCAAACAAUAUGGGGUUGAUCACCUUCUUGCUGCCCUAUUCAACUUCCAGCCAUCUUCGAAUGAAUCCCCCCCGUUGGCCCCCAAACACAUCACCGCCCUCUCCACACGGGUCAAGAUUACAAAAGUUUCCGCCGCCGCCGCCGCUCGUGCGGCUCGAGCUGUUGUUCCCUCUCUUCCUCCUACUAGUGGCCUCGGCGGUCGCAACACAAACAACAGCUGGUCAAAUUUCGCUUCGGAUAAUGAGUCUGUCCCACCCCCAGCCACUUCUUCUCACGAAUCCAAUGGGAAUUGGGCCACACAGUCCAAGCUCGCACGCUCUAGUAAUUUGGCGCGUGUGCGUGCCAACAUCAGUAAUUCUCAUCCUGAAGACCUGCCCGUCCCAGCACCGGAAAAACACCAAGUUAGCACCCUACCUUCCAUGCGAAACGCCGACACCGAAAGCAGGAUGAGCCUGACACCGAGCGAGCUCAGCUUAUCUAGCAGAACACCCAGUCCAGUCGAAGAUCUCCCACCCACCGUCAACACAGCAUCUUCUCACUCAACUCGGAACAAGGGCAAAUCGCGUGAUGUUCCUGACGAGGAAGGCUCGAGCCGCGGGCAGAAGCGGAAAUACGAUAUCAGUCUAGUCGAAGACACUUCCUAUAGUGAUGCAGGGGAUGAUCCCUAUAUCAAUGGCAACCCAUCCAACGCCGCCUCGGCGAAAUACGCAAGAAUGAUCCUCGACUACUUCGUAUCCGAAUCAAGUCAAAUCCCGAGCUUCUUGAAUGACCCGCCACCUGACUUUGAUCCGAAUGUGGUGAUUGAUGAUGACGGGCAUACUGCGUUGCACUGGGCUUGCGCGAUGGGCCGGAUCAAAAUCAUCAAGCUUUUGUUGGCCUGCGGGGCAGACAUCUUCCGUGCCAAUAAUGCUGGACAGACUGCAUUGAUGCGCGCAGUUAUGUUCACUAACAACCAUGAUCUGAGGACGUUUCCGGAGUUAUUCGAAUCUUUUAGCGGCUCGGUCAUCAACAUCGAUAGAAAUGAUCGCACAGUGUUCCACUAUGUUAUCGACAUUGCAUUGACUAAGGGAAAGGUUCCCGCGGCACGCUAUUAUCUCGAAACAAUUUUAACUCGAUUGUCGGAUUACCCUAAAGAGCUGGUCGACAUUCUCAACUUCCAAGACGAAGAUGGAGAGACAGCGCUUACUCUUGCAGCCCGAUGUCGUAGCAAGAAACUGGUCAAAAUCUUGCUGGAUCACGGCGCUAAUCCCAAAACAGCAAAUCGCGAUGGCAAGUCUGCAGAAGAUUAUAUAUUGGAAGACGAUAAGUUUCGAGCGCUUUCUCCGACGCCCUGUUCUUCAGGCCCGGUCCGACAACUAGAUCAAAACUCGCCUGGGGGUACGAGUAACCGCAGUGAUAUUGUCGACUUAGUCGAUCCAGUUCCUAUAGACGCCAAUUUGAUUCCACGACGCAGUCCGAAUUCAUCUCCGCACCACUAUUCAGAAACCGGACAGAGGGCAACCAAGCAAUUGUUGCCUGAAGUGACUUCGAUGAUAGAAUUACUGGCCGCUACGUUUGACACCGAGCUACAAGAUAAAGAGCGAGAUUUGGAUCAUGCAGUCGGGUUGUUGAGUAAUAUUGAAAAGGAGUAUUUAGAGGGACAAAGGAAGAUUUUGAAUUAUGAAAGAAUGCUGUCGGAUUUUGGGGAAAAGAAACUGGCUUUAGGAGAACUAGAAAAGGAAUUGAAUGACAAGCUUGGCAAACGGUACAGGUUCGGCUGGGAAAAGUACGUGCGAGAUGAAGAAGAGCGGGCCAAACAAAUCACACAGCAACGGUCGAAAUAUCUCCAGCAGCUUUCAAUCGAAGACAAAACUGUAUUGGAUAGUUCUGAUCUAACAUUCGAGGACCCUUCAAAGCAAGACGUGUUGAUGAAGCUGCAAGCCGAUGAACGCGAGAACUCGGACUUGUUAAACUUGAUGAAAGUCAACUCGACUGAUGUGGAGAAUGAAUGCGAUCUGUUGAGAGAAAGUGUAAGAAAGUUGAGCGAAGAGAGAGAAAAACUGUUCAAAGAAUUCAUCAACCUUUCGAGUGAAAAUAUUGGCGGAGAGAACGAAGAAGAAGGUGGAGCAAAUAAUAUGAGCGCCAAUACUAGUCGGUUGAAUAAUUACAGAAAGCUAAUCAGUUUAGGGUGUGGUGGGAUCGGUUUAGAUGAAGUCGACGAAGUGAUUGAAAGUUUAAACGAAGGGAUCGACCUCAAUGAACUCAAUGAUAACGGUUUCUUAGCUGAACAGGACGAAGAACUCGGGGACAAUCACAACUACGACAAAAAUCACACUCAAGCCAUAUGA